ACUGAGGACCUGCGGACAGGAUGCGACAGCGGCAGGAGUGAGGGUGGCUGCCGCAGCUAGACUGGCCAGUCCUGACUCAGCUCAAGCAGACAGGGCGGAGGAGCGCCCCUGGAGGAAGGGCCCGGCCUUCAGCAACCUGGGGUUCCAGGCCUACCUACUUGGGUACGCCCAGUUCUGUGAUCUGGGCAAGUUCUGUUCCUCCUCUGAGUCUCAGUUUUCUCCUCUGAGCCUCAGUUUCCUCCCUGCUUAGCAGAGAAAAACACGCCUUUUGCUUUGCACCGAAGUUUGCACGCCUUGUAUUUGACAAUGCCUUGUUUUUCUGGCACACCUGGUUGUGCAAUGUCAGCGUCUAGAAGCAGCUGAGCAGCGAAAGCGGAAACACCCACAGGGCACUCCUCGGGCCCACCCACCUGCGGGAGGCGCCCUGAGACCGAGACGCUGCCGGGCCCGGGGCCUCUGCCGGCUGCCCUUCGCCUCCCGCACGGCGCUCGCUCGGGGGACGCCCCCAUCCACUGCCCUCCGCAGCCUCAGGCACAAGGGCAAGGCCAGGGAAGCAGAGGGGGCAGCCAUGGCGGAGCCGGAGGCUGUGGCCGAUGACCUAGACGCCCUCAUCGACGACCUGGACUACCUGCCGGGCCACUUUCACCUGGAGAUGCAGUUGAACUUCGAGCCGCACUCGCCGGCCCCGCAGCGCGCCCGGGACAUGAAGCUGCAGCGGGAGGGUCUGCGGCAGGAGCUCGAGCUGGCGGCCGCCCCGCAGCGCCCCGCCGUGCGUCACCUCCUGGGCGCUUUCGCAUUCUACCUGGAGGAGCUGGACGAGGCCCGCGAGUGCUUCCUCGAGGUGACCCGCGAGCACCCGGGCAACCUCAACGCCUGGGCCAAUCUGGCACACGUGUACGGGCGGCUGGGCCAGGAGGAAGAGGAGGAGGCGUGCGCCGCGCGGCUGGCCGGCCUCAUGGGCCUGGCGGAGGAGCCCGAAGCCGCCGGGGAUCCCCAGCUCCGCGCCGCUCGCUGCCUGGCCGAGCAGGGCUACGCGCACGGCUUCGACGUGGGCUGCGCCAGCCCAGAGGAGCGUGCGCGGGGUCUGGCGGCAGGCAUCGCGCUCUACGACAAGGCGCUGGGCUACGGGCAGCAGAUCCCGACGGAGGAGAAAAGGGGCUGGUAUUUCACCAUGGCAACACUCUACAUCAGGCUAGAUGGUAUCUUCCUGGAGCUGGGCAGUGAGGAGCAGAAGAGGCUGCCCGCCUUCAACCGCACGUUGGCUCUGCUCCGGCAAGUGCUCAAGUCUGAGGACCCCCGCCACCAAGCCCUGGCCUGGUGCUACCUCGGGAUGCUGCUGGAGCGGAAUGACACCUUCUCCACCACCCCCAUGGGCGUCCAUGACUGCGGGUACUCGGGGACCGACCCUCUGGACUGCUUCGGCAAGGCCAUUGAGAUCGCCAAGAACCAGCCUCCCAUCCUGAAUCGCCUGGCCAAAAUCUUCUACUUCCUAGGAAAGCAGGAUAUGGCCAUUGGAACUUGUAACAUGGCCCUGGAUGUCCUACAAGAUCCAGAGCUCAACUGGCAGGCGUACUGCACAAGGGCCAAGAUCCACAUCAGAGCCUACCUGCACGACCUGGAGCGGGCCAAGAUGGGUCUCGGGGGCAUGCCUGACAGGAACCACCUGGCCUGUGCCAAGGCUGACCUAGAGGAAGUGGUCAGGGUGUGCCCAGGCUUCAAGGCGUACCUGGACAUCAGCCAGGUCUACUACUACAUGGGCGUGGACGCAGUGCAGGAGCUGCUGGCGGUGGACGAGGCGGCGCUGAACCAGGCGCUGGUGUUCCUGGCCAAGGCGGGCGAGUCGGAGCUGGGUGCCACACUGCCCGAGCUGCAGCUGCUGCGCGGCAAGUGCCUGCGCAUCAAGGGCGAGGACGCCAACGCGGCGGCCUGCUUCAAGCGCGCGGUGGAGCUGGACGACGCGGGCUCCAGCCACACCGAGGGCUUCGGCUGCCUGCUCGAGGCGCUGCUGGCGCAGUGGAGCCAGGCACAGCUGAGCGACGGCGAGCUGGGCCGCGAGGUGGACGCCUGGCUACGCCGCGCCCAGGACAAGUACCCUGCGGCGCGCCUGCGCCAGGAGCUGCAGCGCGUGUGGCGCGGGCACACGGACGAGGUGCUGGGUCUGGCCCGGGCCCUGGUGGCCCAGGGACGGCUGGCGCUGGUGCGGCUGCUCUUUGAGACUAUGGAGCGCGAGGGCGAGGGCGCCAGUGCGCCGCGGGACCGCCGGGCUGUCUCCUUUUAGGAUGCGGGUGCCCAGGCCGGAGGCUCUCGGACACCCUGCCCAGGCCCCGCCCAGCUGGUGGGACCAGGUCUGGACGGACCCCCUGCCUUAGGCUGGCCUGGGAGCGGAGCCAGUUCGAUUCUCUGUCGGGAAUUGUGAAUGGGGAUGUUGCGACACCCGGGCGG